AUGACGGCAAUGAACAAGCAAAAGAGAAAAGCCGACAACAUAGUCGUCCCUGAUCUUGCUGAAGAUGCGGCCGAGAGAAAGAGAGUGCUUAACGUCCUUGCACAAAGGAGAUAUAGACAACGAAAGAGAGAACAAUUAGCUGAGCUUGAAGCAAAGGCUAGACAAACACAGCCAAGGACUCCCGAAUCAAGCGAGAAGGUUACACCUCCUGGCUCGGAGUCUUCGACCGGCCGGGCGUCGGUGAACCUGUCAGAGACAAUUGGAGAACAGGCACCUACGCCUCCCGAGUUGGACCUAGAGCUGGAUGGCAACGCUCCGCCAACUUUUGGCAAUGGGCCUCUAUCCUUCUCAUCAUCCUUGGAUGGCCAGACAAAAAUACUGGGAGAGUCCAUUCUAGACCUGACCAGUAUACCGGAAUUUACUUUCGACUCUUCCUCUCUAUCGGCUAUAGGCUCUUUAUCGGCUAUGGGAACAGAGACACCUCCACCCGACCUCCCUUCGCCCCCUGCGGAUCUCCAGCUCUCGCCCACAGCACGGACGUCGCCCAGUCUGUCUAUGCUUUCCCUGCAGUUCCUUGCAAACUAUCCCCAGGACGAUACCCAGCCGCUCUCCUCGGCGUUGCAAUCAUUCCAAACUUCCAACUUUACCUUUCCUGACGAUAAGAUUCUGGAGGUCCCGCCCCUGACCCUCUUGCGGGCUAUGCUCACUAUAGCGACCCGAUUGAAACUAACUGAAUAUAUCUGGAACCUUGCGGGUAUAAGCCCAUUUUACACCGGCCCAACGGCUCUCGGCGCUGAUGUAGCCCAACAUUUGGACCUGGCUGGUAUCCCAAGGAAUUUCCAUCCAACGCCUACCCAACGACUGGUACCGCACCAUGCGAUUCUGGACUUGCUGCCCUGGCCUAGCGCGAGAGAUAAGUUGAUCCAGGUCUUUAGCUUACCAGUGCAGUUUCGGCCUCCUGCAGCGGCAGAUCCGAUGGGCUUGAUGGGCUUGGUGUACGAUAUUGAAGAUGCUGGCGAAGGACUGAGAGUCAGUGGGCCAGACCCGUUCUCUCCUGAGAUGUGGGAGGUUGGUCAACUCGUCUUUCAGCGCUGGUGGUGGGCGUUUGAAGGAAGCAUAGUGGAGAGAAGUAACCGCCUGCGAAACGAAAGGGGAAAACAAGGGCUCAUCCUGGGAGCUGGACCGUGA